AGCGAUUCUGGUUAUUAUCUUGAUAACAAGAAGGACGCAAAGAAGCUUGAUUCAGGCUAUUACUUGUACGUAUAAAAAAAUAUUGGUACUUCCCAUCUUUCCAUAGAAAGUUUACAUGAAAGACUUAACCUAGUUAGCUUGGCUCUAUUGGUAACACGCCUGGCCCGGUCCCCUUUUUUUAAUAGUGACUUUUUUCGAUAGUAGGUUGAUUCAAGCUAAGAAGGAUGAUUCAGGCUAUUACCUGUACGUAUAGAAAAAUGUUGGUAGUUCCCAUGUUUACAUAGAAAACUUACUGAAAAGAGUUUGCAUGAAAGACCUUGACUUUGUUCAAAACCAUAUUACAAUGGUUACCCGCUACCUGCACAAAAAGUAAUGUUAGAAUAGUUUAUCAUCUUUUAAAGAAAGAAAGAAAUUUCAUUCAUUAAGUUAAGGCACUUUUAUUGUUUGGAGAAUACUUGUCAUGUGUAAAAGGGUCACUCGCCUGUCUGUGCGAAUUAAGUGAGCCAACUUUGAUUUCGAUACAAAAUAUCUCAUAAAGUUUUCAUUAAGAAAAGAAAGUUAACUCGCCUAGAAAAAUGACUAGCCUUUCAGAAUUAACCUUUUUCAAUUGUAGAGUAAAACAGGGAGCAGGGGUUAUCUGGGUUGGAAUGAUCAUUGUCUAUUAGUAACUUACGUCUCAGCGAUGCUGCCUCUCAUUAUAACAACUUUAGUAUGAGGAAACGCACAAUCACAUCGUUUGAAACACUAUCAUCGACAAUGAUGAGUUAAUUUAUAGUUUCCUGGGUUGGGCGCAUCUCUUGUCUACAAUGAUGGUUCCAAGCGAAUAAACGGUCGUGGUUUUUAUUGGUAAUUAAAACAAAAUUUAAACUUCCCGUUUUUAAUUUCAAUUGUCUCGGUUACCUUUCAGAGAUUCUGGUUAUUAUCUUGAUAACAAGAAGGAUGAUUCAGGCUAUUACCUGUACGUAAAGAGAAAUGUUUGUAUUUCCCAUAUUUCCAUAGAAAACUUGUUGAACAGUUUACAUGAAAGACAUAAAGUUAGCUUGGCUAGAUUGGUGACAAGACUAGCCCUUUCACUAUUUUUUAAUAGAGGCUUGGUUCGACACUAGCUUGAUUCAGGCUAUUACUAGAAAUAUGUUUAUCUUUUAUCAGCUAAAUUAACAUCUCCAAAUUUAACAGAGGAAAUACCCGACUAUGAAAAAAAAAAAAAACAAAAACAAAAAAAAAACCUCUGGCGCAUCCGGCUUAACAAAAGUAAUUGUUCCAAUCAAAUAAACUGUCGUGUUUUUUAUUUGUUAUUAAAACAAAAUAUAAAAUUCCCAUUUAUGAUUUCUAUUAUUUCUAUUUCUUGUCAGCGAUUUUUGUUUUUUUUUUUAAAAAAAAAAAAAAAAAAAAAAAACAAAAAAAAAACCUCUGGCGCAUCCGGCUUGACUACAAUGAUGGUUCCAAUCAAAUAAACGGUCGUGGUUUUUAUUGGUAAUUAAAACAAAAUAUAAACUUCCCGUUGAUGAUUUCUAUUGUCUCUAUUGCCUUUCAGCGAUUCUGGUUAUUAUCUUGAUAACAAGAAGGACGCAAAGAAGCUUGAUUCAGGCUAUUAUUUGUACGUAUAGAAAAAUGUUGGUAUUUCCCUUAUUUCCAUUGACAACUUAACAGACCUACAAAAUAAAACAGACCUACACUACUUAGCUUGGCUAUAUUGGUAACACGCUUAGCCCGGUCCCUUUUUACCAAUAGUAGCUUUUUUCGAUAGUCGAUUGAUUCAAGCUAUGACUUGAAAAAUGUUUAUCUUGUAUCAAAUAUAUAAACAUCUGCUAAGUUAACAGAGGAAACAACCGACCAUCAAAAACAGAAACAUACCUUUUAAAGCACUGUCAAUAAAAUCUACAACUUGACUUUAUUCAAAACCAUAUUCUAAUGUUUACCCGCUACCUACACAAAAAGUAAUGUUAGAAUAUUUUAUCAUCUUUUAAAGAAAGAAAUAAAUGUAAUUGAUAAAGUUAAGGCACUUUUUAUGUUUAGGAGAAAACUUGUCAGGUGUAAAAAGAUCACUCGCCUGUCAGUGAGCGAACUAAGUGAGCCAACUUUGAUUUCGAUACAAAAUAUGGCAAAAUAUGCUCCCCGGGAUUAAGAAAAAGAAAGUUGACUCGUCUAGAAAAAUGACUUGCCUUUCCGAAUUACCCUUCUUCAAUUGUAGGGUAAAGCUCCAAGGAGGGGUUAUCUGGGUUGGAAUCAUCAUUGUGUAUUAGUAACCCAUUUUUGAGUCAUGCUGCUUCUAAUUAUGAUAACUUUAAUUUGAAGAAACACAAAAUCACAUCGUUUGAAACACUAUCAUCGACAACGAUGAGUUAAUUUUAAGUUUUCUGGGUUGGACGCAUCUCUUGUCUACAAUGAUGACUUUAACCAAAUAAACGGUCGUGGUUUUUAUUUGUAAUAAAAGCGAAAUAUAAACUUCCGUUUGAUGAUUUCAAUUGUGUCGGUUAUCUUUUAGAGAUUCUGGUUAUUAUCUUGAUAACAAGAAGGACGCAAAGAAGGAUGAUUCAGGCUAUUACCUGUGA